AUGGCGGGUGUCGGUGGCGGCGGUGGCGCGGGCAAGAUGGCGGACAAGGAGAAGAAGAAGAAAGAGAGCAUCUUGGAUCUCUCCAAGUACAUCGACAAAACGAUCCGAGUGAAGUUCCAGGGCGGGAGGGAAGCAAGUGGUGUCUUGAAAGGAUUUGACCCUCUUCUGAACCUGGUGCUGGAUGGUACCAUUGAGUAUAUGCGAGACCCAGAUGACCAAUACAAGCUAACAGAGGACACACGUCAGCUGGGCCUGGUGGUCUGCAGAGGCACUUCUGUGGUUCUCAUCUGUCCCCAGGAUGGGAUGGAAGCAAUUCCCAACCCUUUCAUUCAGCAGCAGGAUGGCUGAUGCUGGCUUGGGACUGGCUCUGAGGA